AUGAAGAUUCAGUGUAAUGCGUGUGAGGUAGCAGAGGCAAAAGUAUUGUGUUGUGCUGAUGAAGCAGCACUUUGUUGGUAUUGUGAUGAUAAAGUUCAUGCUGCAAAUAAGCUUGCCAAUAAGCAUCAAAGAGUACCUCUUUCUGCUUCAUCUUCACCCAUGCCAAAGUGUGAUAUAUGCCAAGAAACUGUUGGCUUUUUCUUUUGCCUUGAGGAUAGGGCUUUGCUCUGCAGAAAAUGCGACAUUUCUAUUCACACCGUCAAUGCCUAUGUCUCAUCUCACCAGAGGUUCUUGCUGACUGGAGUAAAAGUGGGACUUGAACCUCUCGGUCCUUCUGCAUCAGCAUCCUCAGGAAAGUCACCUUCUAUCCAGAAGGUCGCGGAGCAAGAAUCUCCUCCAAUUCCGAAGAGUGUUGCUCCUCUGUCAUCAGUUACUCCAUCUGAAGGUGUAUUACCUGUCCAUACUAGUGGGAAUGGGAAUUUUGCACCUAGUAGACUUCCAAUGGUUGGAGGUUCUGCAGCUGGAAUCAUUCCACAAUGGCAAUUUGAUCAGUAUCUUGGAAUGGGUGAUUUCAAUCAGAAUUACGGAUACAUGGAUUAUGGACAAUCUAAGGCAGACAACGGAAAGCUUGGAGAAUCAGCUAGUUCUCCGUUCUUAAGAGAUGCUGACGCUGAAGUUGCAGGUGACGAGUGCUUUAGCACUGAGGUGGCAGAUACAUGUUGGGCAGUCCCACAAAUUCCUUCGCCACCAACAGCUUCUGGACUGAACUGGCCGACGAAAACUAUCCAGAAUCCGUUUGAUGCUGCAUUGUUGGAAUCCGAUGCUAGUUACUUCCCUUUGCAGAACAUUCAAGAUCAACAAUCAAAUGGUUCCGGUUCCAAAAGGAGUAGGCAUUUCUAGCACAUCCUCCUUAAGUUUCGUAUGUUAGGUAGUGAAUAAAGUGUUUCAUGCACUGAUCUUUGUUAGAUUGAUAUUAUCGGCAAGUGUUAUUUUACGUGUAAUUAAGUUGUCUUCCUUACAAGACGGUGCUAUAGAUGAUAUCCUGAUAACUGCUCCCAGUACGUGGUCGUGAAAAGAGUCGUCAUACACGAGACACCAGUGGGAUUUUCAGGGUAACUGGAAACCAGCACAACAUCUUCAUACUCUUCUCGGAUGGAAGCAGAUUGCUCAGACUUCAAGGUAAACGAAGUGGCCUACAUGUGGAGGUAUUGUCUGGUUUUUGCUAUCACGUGAACGUGGAGUUAGUCCAGUUUUUAAUACCUUCUAUAGCUAAAUAAGUUUAUGAUAUGUAUCUCGAUAGUUUACCCGCGGGGAAUAGCUCUAUAGUUCACGUUCAGUUACAGAAUGAUGUAACGGAUAAAGCUUUUUGUGUCUACUUGUAUAAA